AUGACACCUCCGAAGGGUGUGACCCAUUGGAAGAUGAAGUUCUUCUAUGUUAAAGCCUGUGCGGUAUAUGCCAAUAUGACUUUCCAGGAUGUCAAUAUUGGUGUUACUGAUGAGGACAUUCCCGUGGCCACCACGAAGACUGUGGAUUGUAAUAUGCAUGCAUGUGUUGUAUCAGUGGAUGCGGUUGGCUUGUGGAGGAUGUUUGAGCCCGAUUUCAAGGGCCAAGUUGAUCUGAUUCCGGUUGAGUUACGGGAAGGUUUCAAUUUAGAAAUUGUUGGUAACUUCCGUGUACCCAAACGUGAUGUGGUGCAGGCACCCGUGCCAGAAGGCGCAAAAGCUAUUCUUGCGGACUUGGGGAAGUUUGAAAAGCGCAUCCCCAAGAGGCACGCAGAGAAGAAGCAGGUGAAGAAAACCACGCGGGGUCGUGGUAAGGGGAGGGCUGAAGGCUCAACUGUCCCUCCUUCGGUGUCUCAGGCCGCAGAAUCCCAAGAUGCAGGUUUUUCCUUUUUUGAUUUUCCUUCGUCUCACGUGCAUACCGCUGCUGCGGACGCGGGGGUGCCGAAGGAACCUGUGAUGCCCAAGGAGCCUGCGGCACCUUUUGUUGGGCCGGUUCGCGAUCCCACCGUGCAGGUGGGGAAGACGGUGGAGAAGACUGCUUCCCAGAUUUUUGAUACUGUGGAUUCCUCUAACAACCUGAUCAGCCCAACUGAUGGCGAUGGGUUGGACUUUAGGUUUUCGGAUGCUGGGAAGCAGAAGUCGGAUGCUGAGCCGCAGAAAUCUCCAACUGAAGCGGGGGCCCGUGCUGCAAAGGCCCUUGAGGAGGCCAAAGAGAGGGAGAGUCGCUCUGCUAAGGCUCUUGAAGCGGCGAAUGCCGAGCAGGCCCGUUUGAAGCAGGUUGUUAACAGCCUUCAGGCUGAAGUUCAGACCCGGGAGCUCGCGGUUACAGACCUCACAGCCCUCGUGACUGCAGCGGAAGAACGAGCUAAUGCUGCUGUUGAGGCCAGAGAUGCUCUGACCUUUUCGUUUAACCAACUGGAGGCUGACCGUGAAUGGAUGUGGAGUCACGGUAUCGCGUGUAUUCUGUUACUUCUUUUCUUAGUUCAUCACUCUCAUAACAUAAUUGAAGGUUCUGUAACCCUAAAUCACCGUCGAUUGCAAAUUCAUCUCUUUUCAAACAUUAAUCUUGUAUCGUUCGUCAAUUCGAUAACUUCAAUGUCUUCUUCAAACUCUGCUGAUAACAUUUCCAAGUGGGAGGAACGUGUAUGCAUAAACAGUGGAAGAAAGUUUUUCAAACCUAAAGUCAGUGGAUCCAUUACACCUGCUGUUGGAAUGUUUUUUAAGUCAUUUGAUGAGGCUUUUGCGUUUUAUCAGAGAUAUGCACUUGCUGCAGGUUUUUCUGCAAGAAAAAAUACCUCUUGGACAAAUGGUGAUGGUUUAGUGAAAAUAAGAUAUAUUGUCUGUUCAAAAGAAGGAUUUCAUGUUAGCAAAGAAAUAGAUUCUGGUUCAGUUGAGAAUAGUAAAAAGAUUGUUAGACGUAAUAGAGGUUCAAAAAGAGUUGGAUGCAAUGCUCAUGUGAAAUUAAUAUUAGAGAACAAUAAUAUGUAUAAAAUCUACUACUUUGAAGAAGAACAUAAUCAUAUCUUUGUGGAAGAUGAAGAUAUUCAUUUCUUGCCGGCUGCACGAAGUAUCGAUUAUGUGAAAGAAAGUUUUAUAUCUGGAUUGUCAGCAAUCAAUAUUGGACCUGUUAAAGCAUUCAAUAUUAUGAAAACAAUGUAUGGUGGUUUUGGUGAAGUUGGUGCUAGUAAAGUUGAUUGUAAGAAUUAUAGAAGGGAUUUGAAUCUUUAUAUCGGAGAGUAUGAUGCAGAAAUGGUAGUUAGGCGUCUUAUUAGGAAGAAAGAAUGCUGUCCGGGUUUCACAUGUGAUUAUGUUAUUGGUGAAGAUAGAAGAUUGAAAGGGCUUUUCUGGGCUGAUGAGCAAUCAAAAAAAAAUUAUACAGUUUUUGGUGACAUAUUUGGUUUUGAUGCUACUUAUAAAUCAAACAAGUAUGAUUUGGUUUUUGUUCCAUUUACUGGUAUUGAUAAUCAUUAUAGGAAUGUCACAUUUGGUGGUGCAUUACUUGGUUCGGAGACUGCAGAUUCUUAUAGAUGGCUUUUAAGGUGUUUUGUUAAUGCUUUUGGAAGUGAGCCUAAAGUUGUUGUUACUGAUCAAGAUGCUGCAAUGAAGAGAGCUAUUAAGGAUGUACUUUCAAGAAGUAGGCAUAGGUUAUGUAUGUGGCACAUAUGGGAGAAAUUGAAGACAAAGGUUGGUCCUGUUUUGUCUGCAAACACUGAUUUUAAUACAAGAAUGACUCAUGUUGUUUGGAAUGAUACUAUUAGUCCAGAAGAUUUUGAAACUGAGUGGCAUUCAAUAAUGUCUACUUUUGGAUUGGAAAAUCAUGAGUGGUUAAAAGAUAUGUACGAUCUUCGAUUUGACUGGAUUCCUGCUUAUUACCAUGGAGAGGAUUUGGCUGGUCUUAUGCGUACUACUUCGAGAUGUGAAAGCGAGAAUUACUUCUUUGGUCAGAUUUGCAAUCCAAGAUGUACACUUGUUGAAUUUUUCACUCAUUUUGAGACUGCAAUGGAUAUUCAAAGGCAUGAGCAUAGGAGGAAUGAUCAUGAUACAAGGUAUAUUGAGUCUAAGCCCUGGAGUGACUUUGUAUUGGAGAAACAAGCAUCAGAAAUAUACACCAAAACAAUUUUUAAGGAUAUUCAGAUUGAAAUUGAUGCUGCCAUUACAAAGUGUAUGUCAAAGUCUCUUGAUAUUGUGGGUGAUGUUCAAUAUUUUGAAAUAAAGGAUUUCAGACAGCCAUGCACAUCUUUUUUGAAGGUGCAAUACAGCAAACAAGAAGAUGGAUUAACAAUAAGUUGUUCUUGCAAACGGUUUGAACAAUUUGGUAUAUUAUGCCGGCAUAUAUUUUACGUUUUACGGUAUGAUGAUAUAAAUGAGUUUCCUAGAAGAUAUGUUCAUAGAAGAUGGAUGAGAGAUGUUGUUUCUGUUGGAUCAAAUCAUUCAAAUAUUCGGUUUGAUGAAAUUGGUAGGAAUAGUGAAAUUGAUAAAGUUUAUAGAGAAAUCGUUGUUGCAAAUGAGUAUGUGGUUAAUAGGCUGGUUGGCGAUAUAGAUGAGUUGUGUCGUUACAGGGAUCAUAUUAAAAGUUAUAUUGAUAAAGCGGAUGAGGUUAUGGUUGCUGCGCCGCCUCCUAGUCGCAAAGAAAGAUUUGCUGAAAUUGGAGGGAACAUAGAAAAAUCAGAUUCUAUUAUUCGUGUGCCGAUCAAAACAAGGACCAAAGGAUGCGGUGUACAAAAAAGGAUCAAGUCAAAUCGUGAGAUUGCAAUUCAGAAAUCAUCAAAGAUCCAGAAAUCGUGCCGUGUAUGUGGUGAAAAAGGACAUAACAGUCGCACAUGUAAAGAUAAGGUUUCUUCUAAUGCUAUAGGUUCUAGCAAUGCAAUGUAAUUAUGUAUAGAAAUUCUGACAAAAUCAGAUAUCAAUAAGUAAAAAAAAAUUUGUCAUUGCGUUUUA